AUGAUGUUGAUGAACAAAAUAAUUUUAAUGAAUAUUAAUGAGAUAAUUUCACGCUACUCUCUAUGGCCUUGGUUGGAGUUACUAGCUCAUAAGAUGUUAUCAAAAAUAUUGCUUAAUAAUUAUCACAAGGUUGUGCAACUGUUUCACGCUAUCAUGAUUACGAAGCUAAUUCUUAGUUAUUCGGCUACGAUCAAUUUGUGUCGAUGUAGAAUUUUACAUUUGGAAGCAGCAAUUUUUUUUAUUCGAUUUGAAGCUAGAAGCAAAUUGCGUCAUGAAGACGUUUCUUUCGUCAUAUCUUUCUUUGGGCUGCCCGUCAGCAUUUGGGUUAAUGCUUGUACACGCAAUGGCUCUUGUGAGGUAAUAUGUAAUAAAAGUGAAAACAUUUCAACUGUAACUCAAGAAAAUUGA